AGAAAUGGUCGUGUUUAAAGCUGUCUUCUUGCCUUAGCUUGUACCUCGUAACAGAAUUGUUACAAUAAUAACAUAUAGGCUUCUUUCUACAGACUGUGCAGAAAUACCUGAGGUAUCCUGGAGAUGUCUUCUGGUGUCUUGUGAAGGCGCAGCCUUAGUUACUUGAAGAUAGCUGUUAGUACAGGCUUUAUUGUAAUAGCGUCACCUUUUCCUGUCUCUUACAGAAUUACACGAGAGAGAAAGAUAUAAACUCUAGGUAACUCUUAAAAGCUUAUGAAUGAGGUAGGAAAGUUGAUGCUUAGAGAAAGAUCAAGCUGACUUGGCUUGUCCAAGCAUGCCUGUAGAAACAUGCCUACAGAAAGGGUCUGUGAUUUUUGCCGAGAUAAGAAUUCAAAUGUUUUAGCAUCAGUCUUGGUUCAGUCUGCUAGCCUAAAAUGUGUUGCUGAAUUUUGCGAACGUGGCAGUUCUAAACGAUUAAACUAGAGAAAAAAAUAACUGCUAGAAUCUGAACUGCAUUUGUAGGUUUUUGACGACCUGGAAGGUCUGCAGAGAAGGAUGCAAAGACAAAGCAAAAUAAAGAGAGAAAAAAGCUGCAAAUGUCUGUUUCAUAUGGUUUUGAUAUAACGAGCUUGUUAAUGACCAGCCUGUCUUUCCUAGUGGUGAGGAGGGGAAAGAUGGGGGAAUUGGUUGAAGGAGAACCGUAAUGUGUUUCUGAAGAGGACAAACUUACUGUAAUAUGGUUAGCUAAAAAUCUUAGGGAGCUGUUGCUGAUACCUUGGGGGAGCCAGCCUCUCUCUUUCUGAAAUACUGAGUAGCACCAACUUGGAUGUUGGAAUCGUAGUCAACUGUUCCCCUUAGUCUCCUGCUUGCUUGGGUGUAUCAGCUUGGGCUGUUUCUUGUGUUCUUAAUCAUUCAUGAAAGUGGAGGUGGGAUGUAAGCAAAAUAUACCCUUCAUUUUGAUACUACGUGGCAAAUAAGGUUCUUUGUUUUGUAGUAAUUCUUUCCUUGCUACGUUCUUUUUCUUGCCAUUACUGUGUAUUGGCCAAUCCGUAAAAAUUCUUUCUUCCUGUUGAUGUUCCCAUGUUCCUUUCCAUAUCCCACCAUGCCCUCUUAUAAAUAUUCUCCGCUGUUCUGUAGAAUCUCUUCAUCCCUUUUCCUUUUAUCUUGCUUCAUCUCUCUAAUUUUCAUGGUUUUCUUGCUUCCCUAUCAUCUCUGUGCUGCAGAAGGCUUUCUCAAGUUGGUGCUCCGGUUUGGACUUGCUAGUCUGGUUGCAUCUAGCAGUAGUGUGAAGAGAAGUGCUUGCCGACUGCUCCCGCUCUGUUAACAGCAUUUUUAUUGUUAGACAGAAUUUUGCUGAUACAAGCUCUAUGUAAGGAGUGCUUUGUUAUUAUAGUACAUACAUUUGUAUAUAUAUGUAUACGUUUGAAUGGCUUUAUAUCUACUCCACAUAUGCAGGUUGGACCUCAAGAUGGUCUGGAUGGGGCAGGAGUAUAAUAGUGUGUAAUCAUUGACUCUGGAAUAACAAAUCUUCCUGUUUGAUGGUGGAAACUUUCAAAUAUGUAAUCAUUUAAAUAGCUACUGAAAUGUUCAGUGUGCUUCCCUGGGAAUAUAGGGAGGAAUUACUGUUAGUGACUUGAAUCCUGGACUGCUUGAAAAAAAGGUUCCUGGGCAAGGGAGAACAUAAAAUGUGAAGCUAUUUGUGUUAUAGGUUUCAAGUUUGCCUUCUCUGAAGGAAUUUAUGAACUCUCAUCUGAGGAAGCCCUGCUUCUGGGAGGUAUGCCGAGAACAAAUACCCUGGGAAAUCUGCAGUGCUGUAACUAAGAACUGGAGUUAUAUACACAAGGCAUGUCCACUUAAUGGAUUUGCAAGUAUUUUUUUCUUAUUUGUUUCAGCUAGAGUAAAAAGCUCUUGAUAAGGCAAAGAGGUGAUUUGCUCUAGUUGGUGUCAAAAUAUUUGAAAAUGGACAAGUAUCACAAACAUUCUGCAGACUAGACGUUACCUGAAACCUUGUGUACUUCACAGGUACAAUGAGUAGGGCUUUGAAUUAAAGUUAGGAUCAACCAGUAGUUUGAAUAUUUAGCCUUGCAAUCCUGUUCCACCUUCCAGAAGACAGUUCUUCAAACAGGACUUUUUACCAAUGUGUCCUAUGUAUCUCUGGCCUUUGCUCCCUGCCUGAAUUAAGUGGCUCAAAAUGCCAGAUGCCUUCUGUCCUUUGGUGAAGUAAUAUUGAAACCACUUCAGGUGGGGCAGAUAAUACUUUCUACUAGGAAAUACUCGUUUUGCCUGAGUGACUCAAGGAGUUAUACUUUGUCUGCUUCCAUUUUGUCAAGUAUCUAGACUUUGCAGGCAAUUUUAAAUCUAUCCAGGUUCAUAGGGGGAGAAGCGUGUUAUUGUGAUAUGGUAACUUAGAUUCCUUUCCAAAAAGAAAAUAAAUUGCAUACGUGAAUAUUAACUGGGAGAGGAUUGGAGAUGAGUCUAGAGUGGCAAGGUGGGGAGGAUUAAGUCUCCUUAGUCUUCUCCUCAUAAGGGUUCUGUGUCAGUGGAGAAAUUAGGGCUAUAUUGGAAUGGAAAGAAUAAAGGCUCUUUCGCUUCUCUAUUUUCUGUUAUACUUUAUGCUCUGCAUCCUGCCCCUUUCUGAAUUCUUUUGCAAGCUAGGAUUUGGGGAUCCUGAUCAGAAUGUGAGUUUGACGCUUUGAAGACCAAGGAAUAAAAUAUGAUUGUGCUUGACAACCAUGCUGUAGUGUGGAAGAAUGGGGGAUGGCCACAGUACUUUGAGAGGAACAGGAAAUACAGUGGUGAUAAUGGUUGGUUAUCCGAAAGGAAUAGAGAUAUUGGAGCCAGUACGAAGAGGGAUUCCAGUAAAAAUGAGUAUCGUUGUUGGUACACGACACGUACAGGAGUAUAUUAGUGGUCAGUCGGUUGUGUUUGUAGCCAUCGCCUUCAUCACCAUGAUGAUUAUAUCACUUGCUUGGCUCAUAUUUUACUAUAUACAACGUUUCCUGUAUACAGGAUCACAAUUUGGAAACCAGGGACAUAGGAAAGAAACCAAGAAAGCAAUCAGCCAGCUUCAGCUGCAUACUGUGAAACGUGGAGACAAGGGUUUAGAUGUUGAUGUGGAAAACUGUGCUGUAUGCAUUGAAAAUUAUAAACUGAAAGAUACUGUCCGAAUUCUGCCGUGCAAGCAUAUAUUUCAUAGAACGUGCAUUGACCCUUGGCUUUUGGACCACCGAACUUGUCCAAUGUGUAAACUAGACGUUAUUAAAGCUUUGGGAUACUGGGGGGACCCUGAAGAUGCGCUUGAUGUUCCAAUACCGGAAUCAAUAAGUGGCAGUGUUUCAGUUGGAAGUCUGAGUAUUGCUUUACAAGAAGAGGAUAGAAAUGAAGUAAGCGAAUUGUCUGCCUCUUCCACUAAUGAAUCUGUAUUGCAAUGUACCAGUUUGAAAGAGGAUGCAGGUGAAACCACAGCAUUACUUGAUAUGGCUGUCAGUAAUAACCGGCAUGGAGAACAUCUGUCUAAUGGAAAUUCCCACUGAACUGCUUCAUGGAAGAGAUCUUGAACAGACUGUUAAAGAACUAUUAUUUUUAUUUAAUUAGUAUGAACUUUUGUCUAGUUAAUGGCAAAUAACAAUGUAAAUUAUUUUACCUUUCAAACUUUUCUAGCUGGUAUUCCAAAAGGGCUAAUAACUUAGAAUUUUGUACAAAAGAGGAUUUUAUAAAAUCUCCUCUGGUUGUCUCAUCCUAAAAAAAGAUGCAAUAACCCUUUUUCUGUGAGCAUUAUUACAAUGUCAUUGUGUUCCAGAGGGCUGUAACAAAGAUGAAGACUAGGCAGUGAAAACAAUGUGGAAUGUCUAAUGGAUAAAUACUUUGGAUGCACUAUUUACAUUCAGUACAUACACACAGAGAACACUUACAAGACUACAACUAUUAAAAUGUUCUGAAAGUUCCGAUCUGUUGUAAUUGGAGAUAGAUGUUCUUAGAAAAGGCACAAUCUAAGGAUCAUUUGGAGGAGGCAAAUAACUCAAGGAUAUGUUACAUAUCCUUUUUCAUGAUGAAAAAAAUAGUUGCAAAAUUCCUUAUAUGUAAUAAAUACUAAUUUGAUCUUGUAAUGUGUUCCACUCGGAGUGGAUGCUGAGAGAAAAGGAGACUUUCUCCAUCUCACUAGCUUUUUAUACUGAAUUUGGCAGUAAUAGGUUGUGCUAGGGGGUCUUAACGUGCUGAGCAUGUAGACUUAUUUAGGUAUAUGCACACUGGUUACCUCUUUCGAUCUUAAACUCAGUAGAACAGAGGUAAAGGGCUAAUUAUGGCUAAAAGUAUAUUUAUUAGUCUAUUUAUAAGAUUUUACUGAACUCCUUCUUACUCCUGCUCCCAUCCUAUCCCACUUCUUUAGGUACAAGUUGGAACCAUUUCUCAAGAUCUUGUAUGAAGUGUGGAAGUUUUUUUUGUCUAUAGAUGCUAGAAUUCUUCUCUUGUCGGUUCCAUAUUAGGAGUUUUGACUGGGUUUAUCAUUAGCUUUUAUUCCUUUCUUUUGCAUUAGCAGUAUUGUGCCUUAUAGUAAAACAUUUAUUAAACCUGAAGCAUCUGAGAGUAAAUAUAAACCCUGGCAUCUCCCAUUAUGACCUCUUAUUCAAAUAUUUAUAUACUGUAAGUGGUAUAAGGAAUUGCUAAACUGUUUUGUAAAGAGAUAUGUAUAUUUAAAACACUACUUACCAAGAAUGCUAAAUGAAUUGCUUAGGAUUUUAGUAUUGUCAUGUUAUAAAUGUGCGACAUUCCUCAGUUUUUUGUAAAGCUGUUAUUACAGAUUGUUUAAAACAGUGUCUCUUACUAGACACUUGCUUUAGUGUGCAUUUUGUUUCUUAGAUGUAUAUUUGGAAUGUUUUUAAGAAAAUAUGCAAUUCUUUUUCUAACUUAUAUUGAGCUUCAAUAGAAGCAAUAACUUUUUUUUUAAUUUUAGAAUGAAUGUUCCAGAAAUGAGAGGUUUCAGCUGGGGAAAAAGAAUUUGAAUUUGUAUUUUGCAGAGCAGAUGUUUCAUCCUAGAUUUUCUUCAGAAUAUUCUUAUUAAUGCCUACUUAACAAAAAAUCUGCCUCUUCCCAGUAGGAGUUUUAUUUUAGGUUUACUGGAAAAUUGUCAGGUUGUAGUUUUCUGAUGUCACCAGCAGGUGCAAGUUUUUGUGAUGCCUUUAUCUUAUGAGAAGCACAUGAGAAUGGAAUGUGACUGACCAACCAUCUCCAAAACUGGAGAGAAAAAAACCCCGCAACUAAACCAAACAAUGUAUAGGGACCUGUCUGUCUCCAAAAGAAGCUUAUCAACAUUUCCAGAAACUGCCUUUUUAACUUGCUCUUCAGUAUGAAAAUUAAGUCUUCUCCCUCUUCCUUAACACAAAACUGAACAUUGAUAUAGUCUAUGUUGAGAGGGUUUAAACUCUAGCUCAAUGAGGAGUCAAAAGCAGUUAUCAAGAGAAGCCUUGUCAAUCUGUGGAUCAUGUCUUGCUGAUACCUGCACCACAGUAUUCAUGCUGGAGGGGAGAAAUGUGGUGAUAGGUGAAGAUUUGGGAAUUGGAAUUGCAGAUUAAACAUGCACAAAUCAAGUUGAAGGUUUUUGUUCUUGUUCAGUAUAAGUCCUGAUCGCGCUCCUCAGAUAUUCUGCUGUAUUGCAAAACUUGAUUUAAGAAAGUUUAAAAAGUAGAAUGUCGUUAUAAUUGCAUGUGUUUGUGUGAGGAAUGCAUUGCCUGGAAACUGUCCAUAUAUACUUCCAUUGGACCUGAAGCUAGUUUUCACCAUCUGAAACACGGUAAUGAUACUGCAUUGUUAAAUGAGCAUAUCCUCCUUAAUUCAGAAGAGCAAAAUAAUUUGAGCUUCCAUCAUUUCAUUAGUUUGAGGUUAAGUCCAAAAUCUGGAAUUCAAUUACUUCUACUGCAAACAUGUCUGCACAUAACCAUUGGAACUUGCUAGUCUUGCUGUCAGCUGCUACUCACAGUCAGCUGUCUCUUAUAGUAAGUAACCUUGUAUUAACUUGGUUGCAUUGAUUAGAUUAAGCACUGAACUUUUUUCCAUUGUGUAUGUACAAGUGUAAGAAUGUCAAGUUAUGUAUUGUUGAUGUAACUUUAAAGUUAAUGGCUGAAAGCUCAAAUUCCAUAAUAAAUUAUAGACCUUUU